AUGUCCGCUCCAGUCAUCGAUCCAAAUUCCGCCGUCUACACUACAGACGAGUAUGGCCGUCCGUUCAUUAUCUUGCGCGAGCAGGGCAAGAAAACACGAACCCAUGGUCUCGAGGCAAUCAAGUCACACAUUCUUGCUGCAAAAACCGUGGCCAACAUUGUCCGGACAUCGCUAGGCCCCCGAGGACUGGACAAAAUCCUAAUCUCACCGGAUGGCGAUAUCACUGUGACCAACGAUGGUGCGACGAUUCUGGGUCAGAUGGAGGUCGAGCACCAGAUCGCGAAGCUUUUGGUCCAGUUAUCGAAAAGCCAGGACGAUGAGAUUGGAGAUGGUACAACCGGUGUAGUCGUCCUCGCUGGUGCCCUGCUGGAACAAGCAGAAGCCCUCCUCGAUCGCGGUAUUCACCCAAUAAGAAUCGCAGAUGGCUUCGAGCAAGCCUGCGCAGUCGCAGUCAAGCACCUCGACACCAUCUCUGAUCAAAUCGAAUACUCAAAAGACAACACCGAUAACCUCAUCAAAACAGCCAUGACCUCUCUCGGUAGCAAGAUCGUCUCAAAGGAGCACCACCAAUUCGCCCAAAUCGCGGUCGACGCCGUCCUCACUGUGGCAGACAUGGAACGCCGCGACGUCCCCUUCGAUCUCAUCAAGGUGGACGGAAAGGUCGGCGGCUCGCUGGCCGACACCGUCCUCAUCCGCGGCGUCCUCAUCGACAAGGACAUGUCCCACCCGCAAAUGCCCCGCGUCGUGCACAACGCCAAACUCGCUAUCCUCACCUGCCCCUUCGAACCUCCCCGCCCCAAGACCAAGCACAAGUUGGACAUCACGAGCGUGGAGGAGUUCAAGAGGCUGCAGACGUAUGAGAAGGAAAAGUUCCAGGAUAUGAUCCAGAAGGUGAAAGAUACUGGAGCGAAUUUGGUCAUUUGCCAAUGGGGCUUUGAUGAUGAAGCCAAUCAUUUGCUUAUGCAGAAUGAGUUGCCGGCUGUGAGAUGGGUUGGUGGGCCUGAGAUUGAGUUGAUCGCGCUUGCGACUGAAGGAAGGAUCGUACCCCGAUUCGAGGACCUCAGCGCUAAAAAGCUCGGUUCGGCUGGUAUCGUUAGGGAACUCUCCUUUGGUACCACCCGCGACAAGAUGCUCGUCAUCGAGGAGUGCCCCAACACCCGCGCUGUCACCAUCUUUGUCCGUGGUAGCAACAAGAUGAUUGUCGACGAGGCCAAGCGAGCAUUGCACGAUGCACUUUGCGCCGUUCGUAACAUCGUCGUGGAUAACCGCAUUGUCUAUGGUGGAGGAUCAGCGGAUAUCAGUUGUUCAGUUGCUGUUGCAAAGGCUGCUGAUGAGAUCCCCACAAUCGAACAAUACGCCAUGCGCUCCUUCUCGCAAGCCCUCGACGCCAUCCCGCUCGCCCUCGCCGAAAACAGCGGUCUUUCCCCGAUUGAGACGCUGACUGAAGUCCGGGCUCGACAGGUUACGGAGAAUAACUCGAGGUUGGGAAUUGAUUGUAAUGGGAGGGGACAUAAUGACAUGAAAGAACAAUUCGUCUACGACCCUCUCAUUUCCAAACGACAGCAAUACCUGUUGGCGACUCAGCUGGUUAGGGCUGUGUUGAAGAUUGAUGAUGUGAUUAAGGCUGGGGAGGCUGAUGAGUAG